AUGGAUGACAAAAAGUUUAAAACAGGGGAACCCUGGUGUUGCUGUCGUCAGAGUUUCACAGUAUUUCUCUUCAUUACAACUUUAUUAUACGUAUAUUACUUUUCCUGUUACAUGAAACAUGAACUGCGAACACCCUUCCACCCUCCUCAUCCCCAGUCCGCACAAUUGCGCUGUCGAGGCGCGUUUAAAACGUUGACUAAAGGAAAAUGGGAACGACGAAACGUUAGCGAUGAUGCGAUACGCAACAGACGGAGACACGAUAUGAUGUUAAGAGAACGCAAAGGCUGGCCUGAACGUUUGUUUCACGGCGAUCUCCGUUGUGGACCGUUGUUUCCUCUCCCGCGUAGGACAAGAAAGGCAGAAAGGCCUUACGUCUUAGAUGUACAAGCACAGUGUGACACUGACAGCCAAUACUAUUGCUGUCAUGGAAACACGGGCUGGUGUGGUCAUGGCGAUAAAUUCUGCAACUGUUCAAGCUGCAUAAAUUAUAGAUCAUUCAUCUCCGCUGAACUUGCGCAGUGGAGGCCACAUAAUGGUUGCCAAGUAAGGAACUUCACGCAAUCUUCGGCUUGUGAGUCAUUGUCACGCGGAGUUAGUAGCGUGACUUUCGUUGGCGAUUCACUUGUGCGGCAUUUUUUCUCAGCUAUGGUCAUCCUUCUGACCAAUGACCCCUUAUAUGGCGCAUUGAAAUUCAAAACACCACCUAAAAUGCGUGACAUUUGUAAAGGUGACAGCCAGUUUGUUGACAGCAUCUGUCACGUUCACACAGCUAUGACAUGGCGUGACAUUAUGGACAAUCCAAACUUCUGUGAUGGCUGGGCAAGGUUUCAAAUUUCAUAUGUGAAAGCUUACAAAGUUGAGCUGGCACAACUUGCCUUUCUUGCAAUUAGAAAACUCUUGAACAAAGUUGGUUCUAUUGUUCUCAUGGGAAUUGGCAUCCACAACAACUUUAAUGCAUCAGCUGUUAUUCAAUCCUACCUUGAGCCUGCAGUAAAAUUAGUUUCAACAUCCAAAAAUGGUUGGCCACACCUUAUAUGGUUAUCGACUCAUUCUAUGGGUCCUUUAAAACCAAUAAACUAUCACCGUGACCAGGGAAAUCCAGCCAUUUUGUCUUUCAAUGAAAAUCUGCGAAAAUACUGCAAUCACCACAACAUCAGUCUGUUUGAUAGCUUUAAUAUGACAAUGGGUGUUCACAGUUUUGACGGAACUCACUUUGGAGUUGGUGUAAACACAGUUAAAGUACAAAUACUCUUGAACUACCUAGAGGAAUAUUUUUCAAGAUGACAAGCCUCUGCUAAAAGAGCUUUGGAGCCUA